AUGAAAACUCUGUUUUUGAUUCUAUUUCUACCGAUUCUCGUGUAUUGUCAAUCUGAUGGGGUCUUGGAUUGUGGCUAUUUGAGCGACACAUUCGUAUACAAAGAUUUUGCGAAUGUCUAUCGGAACUAUGUCGGUGGAUGUUGUACUUCUGCAUGUCUCAAGCGUCUAGAAGAGCAUUAUCCUGGUUGGAGAACUCCAACUGAAAUUAACCCUGCAUCAUGGUAUGUCAGUAUGUUGUAUAGCUUACAAUGUUGCAAGGAUACUCCAUCGAUAGCAGUGAUAACUGAAACUAUGUCAACUACCACCGGCACUACUCCUGUCACCACUCCAACGACAACCACUAUUCCAACAACAACAUCAGUCACCAGCACUAUCAAAACCACUAUAAAGAAUCAAAAGCUAAACUGUGGAUGGCUUGAAGAGUCAAACGGUGGACUAUGCUGUACGCAAAGAGCAUUGAAUUUCUUGCAAACGUGGGAUGCAAACUGGCGAAAAUUAAAUGACAUCGGUUACAGAACACAAAUAAUUAACAUUCUGAAAUCCAAGGGACAUUGCGAUAGUAAGGGUACUCCUUUGACCACUACUACCGUUAUUGUUCCAAGUACGACUGUUACUAAAUCGAUGUUGUGCAACUUAGUGGGCGUAGGUUGCGCUGAAAAAUCAACUACACCUAUAAUGGCUUCUACAACUACUGUAAUCGAUUCUUCAAGUAAGGGUGAGUCCUUUUGA